CACACACGCAUCCCUCUUUCCCCGUCUCUCUCACAUCUCCCCCCAUACACGCAUCAAUCCCUCUCCUCCCCGUCUCUCCCCGUAUCCACAUGGCUGGGAGGCAGCUGCUGCUGCUGGCCUCUGCUACUUUCCUCGUCUCGUCUCUGGCAGGACUCGUGUCUGGUGCCCCGAAGGUGGUGGACCCCGAGCAAGGAUGCCUGGGCUACUACGACUCCACCGAGCUGUGGGUGGAGCCCAUUGAAUGCCCACAGGAGGAGUUCUGCUGCGGGGAGUGCAACGACAGGAUGUGCUGCUCCGCCAACAUCCAGAAGCUCGAUGGGCACGAGCAGGGCUGGUGCAAGAUCCUGGGCCUCAGCCCCUCCACAAUAGCGGGCGUGGUGGCGGGGGUGCUGUUGUUCGUGGCGAUCUGUGUCGUGGUCUGCUGCUUCUCCUGCUCCUGCUGCGUCAUCCGACAGAUGAUGAACAUCUCAUACGGACCCGUGCUCUCUCACUCCAUGGCAAUGUGUCCGGGGGGAGGGGGCGGCAUGGGGGGUCCUGGGGGGGCAGCACCCCCCCGAAUGGGGGGGCCCUACCCUGUGUACAGCUCGGUGCCCACGAGGGAAGGGAGCCUCCCCAGCCCUCCACUGCCGUCCCUGCCCCCCAUGCUCCCCCCGCCCCCUGUGGGGUCUGGCGGAGUGGGUGGAGGAGGAGCAGCAACGGGAGGAGGAGGAGGAAGAAUGGCGAGCCUGCCCAGAUAUCAGCCGGCAGCAAUGUACGCAGCCAAUGAUCAAGCCUCCUACGAGUCCGGCUACGCUUCCAGACAAGAUCCCAGCAGCACAGUUUGAUCCCCCCCCCGCAUACACACAUUACAUAUACCUAUACACACACAUAUACAUAUAUUUGGGCAGUGGCAUGGCCUAAUGGUAAAGUGUUUGCUGCUUGUUGCAGAUGUUUACGGUUCGAUUGCGGCAGGCUGCCCUGGUUAUUACUGCGGGUGUAUUUACCAAAACAAAUAGCGCAGUCGAUGAUAAAGAUCCCCUGAGGUUAUUAAAAAUGAGAAGGCCAUUGUGUGCCGGUGUCAACGUCUAAGUAUGCCAACAUUUGAAGAAAAAAACCUUGCAAAUUACUCAAUUAGGCUUACACAUAGCAACAUCGCCCCUCAGUGGGAACCUACUGCAGGAUAUGUCUGUGAAACAUAGCACCUUUGUGAUAGCCGUGCACUGAAGUAAUGGCACGAAUAUUAUACUUACAUAGAUACACGUACAGAUAUACGUGCAAUACACAUACCUGUACACAUAUACCUACAUACAUAUAGAUAGAUAUACGUACAUAUACAGAAUAUGUACGCUUGUAUACUUGGGACGGGUUCCCGAGUUUUGGAUGUGAAAAUGAGGCGUAGAUUUGAAACUUCUGAAGAUCCAAUAAGUUUGUUUAUGCUUGACCGGGAAACAGGAAGUGACAUCGCUCAUUUGAAAUCACUGAAUGGUGUCACAAGGCAUUGAGUUGACAACACUGUUGUUAGCAUGCAGACAGAUAGAUAUAUAACGAAAUGUAAAUGGUCCAAAAAUAUGAACAAUUAUUUAAAAUACAACACAAAAUGUUUUCAUCUGAUAAUUAUCAUAAACAUCUAUCUAUCACAUGCACACGGGGGCUUAAUUUAUCAAUGAAUAUUUUCCAGGUCGCUGGUAGACUGGAGUAGGCACGUGGCUAGUAGCCACAGCUAUAGUGAGUGCUAUAUUGGGGUUGGUGUGCUGGGUGCAGAAAUAAUAUCUGGGUCGCUAAACCUGGGCAGACCCUGGUGAGAUUAAGUCCUUCAUAUUCAUACCCUUACACGCAAACUACUCCACAUUUACUCUUAGACAUAUAGUCAUAUACAUACACAAAAUAACUAUUGUUCUUGAUAUACAUCUGCUCAGUGUUCUGUCCCGCAACUAUCAACGGUUGUUACUUAAAUAAUUUGCAACCUCAAACACCACACGGCUCUUUACUAGUAGCUACGUACCUCGGCUGUGUGACACGGACUGUCCCUCGUGUGUCCAAAGAUUCGUUAGUGACCCACGUGGGACACUAAUGGCAUCACUAAAGUGUCUGUCCUGGUUUUAAUUUUGGCGAUAUAAACAAACGUUUUACAACAUUUCAACCCUUAUCGUCAACGUUUCAAGAAGCACAAUAACGCCGCCGGGUGAAAGAGAUGAACCUUAGAAAGAUAUCCUGGGAUCGCUAAGCAGCUCUCACAGCUCUCCGAUGUGUUUUCAGGGUGCACCGCGUGUUGUUUUGGUGUGUUGUCGGACGUUUCUGUGCACGCGCUGAAGAUGCUGAACUGAAGAAGCUGCCACUGGAACGUGGAGCGAGACGUCGCUUUGUGUUGCCGAACAACGCACGGUUCAGCCCGACAAAGCAAUACAUCCGCAGAAACCUACGCUGUCGAAAAUUGUUUUAAUAUUAUAGUAUUUAUAUUAUUUAUAACAUUGUAUUCAACCCGCUAAACAUAUUGUUAUCGUUGACUUAAAGGUCAUAUGCGUUGUCCGUAAAAGUCAUGUUGAAGAUUAUAAUUACUUUUUUAUAUAUAUACAGUACUUCUCAAGUGUCAACAAAUAUGGCACGAAACGUUUAAACAAAUUAACUCGACAAAUUCGUGAACAGCAUUAUGUGAGACCUUAAAAUGUUUUUAUUUAUUUUUAAUAGGCCAUAUUUCCGGGCAAUUGCUCUUCUUCAUAACGUUUACAUAUAUAUUUUAAUUGGGGAAAAAAAUCAGUCACGGCGGGAUGCAUUUUCGUUCAGUACAGAUGCAUUUUGCUACUUUGCUAAAAAGAAAGCUGUGGAAACUCAGAAAUAUGACCGCAUGGGGACUGUGAGCAAUUUGGAAUCCUAAUAAGUUUGGGUACACUACCACUCGUGAUAAUCGUGUGUCUGCUGACAGCUCUUUGGAAGGUGCUUAUAGAGUGGAUUUACAAAUGUUCUGGAUUACCAGCGUUCAGAUUUUUGACGCUCAACUGCACAAACGUACGUCCACACAUCGCACUUGCCACGGCCCUUGCAAGCGUAACCACUUUGCGGAGCGAUUGGCAAGCUCCUAAAUUAUGACUCCCAGUCUAAUUGGCAAAAUUUGAUCAUUUGUUCAUUAUUAUCCCUUUGUAGGGCAGGACAAAAAUUGCAUUGGAUUAACUGUCUUAAGGCAGGUAGGAGAAUAGCGAGUGAUUACUACUUUUCUUUUCACGGUGUGGCUUUUAGAGUAAACUUUAAAAAAUAAAAAUGAUUAUUUUGUGAUGCUGCUACUGCAGCAUUGGCAGUGGUGCACAAGCACAAAAAAUGCAAACCCAACACAUUGGUAAACAUUACUGUGGCGUUAAAAUUAAACGUAUAAUCGGCGACGUUUGAGGCGAUGGCCCUUCUUCAUAGCACAUACACCGCUUAAGACAGUGUUGUUGAUGAGCGUGUUGAAAAUUUAAACCCAACUGUCACUGGGACUGGAUUGCCAUGUUUCGACUCCAAAAAUUGGACCAAAUGUAUUUGACAAACCACUUAAAAUGAUCGUUGACAUAUUUGUGGGUAGUUUUUAUUCUGAAGACAUCCCGUAAUCAUGACUGCAUUUGUCGCUUAUCAGUUUUUUUGAACGAAGGGUAAUAGCAAUAAACUCAAAGAUGGUCUACAGAUUUAAUAGAUAAUGUAUAAUUGAACGUGCUGUGAUAAUGAGUGAUGAAAUCAGCUCGAUGCUAGAUGGAUGACGUAACAUCACAGGAUUGUGAGAGGUGGUGGUGGUAACUUGGAAAGGCGUUCAUCCAGCAGUUAAUUGACCAUGACUGAUGAUCAAUUCAGCUCAGAAAUCCUGUGUGCCUGGGACACACAGCCUAGGUGUGUGGCUAUAAGGGAAAAGCUGUUUCUUGGGUAUCCCUUAGUUUAAAUGAUGUGUGUAUGUGUGGUACUUUAUAUACAGCAAAUGUAAACUGUUACACUAUAUGUGAAUUAAUAUGGACAGAGCAGUAUUUAACACUAAAUGGCACUAGCGUCACUCAAUAUGAGACAUGUGACAUGUUAGUACAGUAUUAUAAACAUGGGGGAAUGAGUUCAAGGCCUGGGUCUGCGUGUCAAUCUCAUGAAGGAGGUUCAUGAUGGCUGUGUCAGGAACACCGAGCCAAGCAUCACUGAUGACCUGGGUUCAAGCCCUGGGUCUGCGUGUCCAUCUCAUGAAGGAGGUUCAUGAUGGCUGUCAGGAACACCGAGCCAAGCAUCACUGAUGACCUGGUUUCAAGCCCUGGGUCUGGGUGUCCAUCUCAUGAAGGAGGUUCAUAAUGGCUGUGUCAGGAACACCGAGCCAAGCAUCACUGAUGACCUGGGUUUAAGCCCUGGGUCUGGGUAUCCAUCUUAUAAAGGAGGUUCGUAAUGACCGUGUCAGUGACACUGAGCUGGGACUGUUGGGAAUCCUGAGUUCAAGCCCUGUAUAGGGGACUGGGUGUCUAGUCCUUCCCACAGUGCGUUCAUAAUGGCCAAGUCAUAAUGAUGAUGAUGAAUGAGACACCAUGUUUUCUCCAGCCACAUGAUAAAAUUGUCGUGCCUAUAGAAGGUAGUACAGCAAGUAGGCUACUUGGCUGAGAUACACCAGGGUUUUAAGAUGUAAGCAUACACGUGAAGUGUUCCUUUAUGAAGCUAUAAGGGGGGGGAUGGGAACCGUUAUUUAUCUCAAUAUCUGUGUGUGCGUACACAUGUGUUAUAAUAGUUGUGGCUUGUGAGUAAGGUUUGUAAAUGAGUUGGAUAUUUUGUGAUUAAUGUAUUACUUCUGCUGCUAAUGUGAGAUUGUCAAAUUUUACACAAAAUAAAUAAUUGGUUGUCGGAACAAA